AUGACCUCAAUUCCUUUUGCAUGUUUUCAAAGUUGUAAACAGCUUAAAAAAGUUGUACUUACAGAAAAUAUUACUAAGCUCGAAACCGGUGCUUUUCUUGAUUGCCCUUCUUUAUCAGAAAUUAAUUUACCAAAUUCUUUGACUUACAUUGGUGAGAGAGCUUUCCAAUAUAAUCAAGCUAUGCUAUAUCUACUUAUUCCUCCGAAUGUUAAUUAUAUUGGUCCAGGUGCAUUUGGAAAUACUAAUAAAAAUCUUGUCAUUAAUACAUCAUUGAAUACGUACUGUUAUUCCAGUGAUGGUAUGCUUAUCAUUAAUCAGCAGACAGUUUUGAGUGAAUAUUUUGGUUCGGAUUCCAAGAAAGAUCUUCAUGUUCCAUCUACAUGCAACAAAAUCAAUGCAUAUGCAUUCCAAAAUAAACAACUGAAGAGUAUGUCAUUUGAUACCAAUCCAUCAUUAGAUGUUGAAUCCUCAGCAUUUCAAGAAUCAACAAUCCAAUCGUUUUCAUUUCCAUCCGGUCUCAAAUCUAUCAAACAAAACGCAUUCCUCAACUGUAAAUCUCUUAUUAGUGUCACAUUUCCACAAGACUGCAAGUUGAGUAUUAUCUCAUCCAAUUGUUUCCAGAAAUGCAACAGUCUUAGUGUUCUCACCCUGCCUCCAUCGAUUCGUACCAUCGGAAGCUAUGCAUUUUGUGGAUGCAAAUCCAUCCGCGACAUUGGUCUCCAAAACACGCAACUUGUCAGCAUUGGUACCAAAUCAUUUUACCAGAGUUCCUUACGCACCGCCAUUCUUCCAUCCACCGUUACCUCUAUCGAUAUCUCAGCAUUCGAAGAGACAUCGUUGACAUCAUUUUCUACCUCAUGCCGUUCUAUUCCUGAUGGUUGCUGUUUGUCAUCACCCGACUUGUCUAGUGUCACACUUAGUGAAGGUGUCGAACUGAUUGGCCAGCGUGCAUUUGAGAGCUGCAACAUCGACGAAAUCCUGCUUCCUAAGUCGAUCAGUGUCAUCUCAGAGUUCUGUUUUUCCAACAAUGAACUUCUUUCUAAGUUCAGCAUCUCAGUUAACAGCAGCUUAUCAGAAGUUCGCAGUGGUUGUUUUGUUGGGUGUCCACUUCUUAAGAAGAUCACACUGUUCCCGGACGAAGGGAAACUUCUAUUUGGUAACGGUGCUCUUAUGACAUUCGACCAGACCAAGCUUUACACAUUCCUUCCAUCGAGCGACAUCCGAACAUUUGUUGUUCCUAUGAUGAUGAAAUACAUCAAUCCUAAAUCAUUCUUCAAGUGUGAUAAGCUUGUUCGUGUCCUGUUCAACGGCAACUACAUCAACACUAUUGGCUCGGGUGCAUUCAUGGGCUGCAAGAACCUUAACUUCAUUUUUGUUAGUUCACCUAGCAUCGAGAACAUCGGCACUGAUGCAUUCAGCGACUGUCCUAAUCUUGAAAAGUGUGGCACAUUCAGCAUUCCUAACGAACUUAAAAGUCUUUUCCUCUCUAAAGGUGUCAAAUCUAUCUCAUUGAAAGAAGACUGUGUUUCCGACUGCAGAAGUGUUAUUGCGAACAACUAUGGACACUUCUCUAUCACUCAAAUUUCUGUUUUUAUUUCUAUGAUAUUAUAA